CUCUCUUUCUCUCUCUAAAGUUGUUGGUAUUAAAAACAGAAGACACAGUGAGGUAACAAACAUAUAAGAAAAGAAGAUAAGGGGCACCACCCAACAAGAAAAGAAAAGCUGCUGGCUUUUCCGCAUUUUAUAGAUAGCAAGCACAAACAGACAAGUAGUGUUGUUGUGAGGCUAAAGAGAUAGAUAUAGUAGUGAUUAGUUUUAACAUGGAAGAGGAGGUGUUGUUUUGUGGGUUGAAGCUAGUCUUCAUCUGUGUGUGUGUGUUGGUGUGUGUUUUGAAGCUUGGUGUCUUGCUGUGGUGGAGACCCAGAAAGAUUGAAGACCAUUUCUCAAAGCAAGGAAUCAGAGGACCCCCUUAUCGCUUCUUCAUAGGGAAUGCUAAGGAACUUGUGAGCCUAAUGUUGAAGGCCUCUUCUCAACCCAUGCCUCAACCUUUCUCUCACAAUAUUCUCCCUAGAGUCCUCUCCUUCUAUCAUCACUGGAAGAAAAUCUAUGGUUCAACAUUUCUAGUGUGGUUCGGACCCACGGUUCGUCUCACCGUCUCCGAUCCGGACCUAAUUCGAGAAAUCUUCACUUCCAAGUCUGAAUUCUAUGAGAAAAAUGAGGCUCACCCACUUGUCAAACAGCUUGAAGGUGAUGGACUUCUAAGCCUCAAAGGAGAGAAAUGGGCUCACCAUAGAAAAAUCAUCACCCCCACCUUCCAUAUGGAAAAUCUCAAAUUGUUGAUACCUGUGGUGGCAAGUAGUGUGACAAAAAUGUUGGACAAAUGGUGUGCAAUGUCGAAUUCGGGUGAAAUCGAAAUUGAAGUCUCUGAAUGUUUCAAAACGUUGACAGAAGACAUCGUUACACUAACAGCAUUCGGCAGCAGCUAUGAAGAUGGAAAAGCCAUUUUCGGAUUACAAGCUCAACAGAUGGAGCUUGCAUCCGACGCAUUCCAAAAGAUUUUCAUCCCUGGUUAUAGAUUCCUGCCUACGAAAAAGAACAUGAAGUCUUGGAAAUUGGAUAGAGAAAUUAAGAAAUCUCUAGUGAAUGUCAUCCAUCGAAGGAGAGAGAAUUGGGGGAACGAAAUGGUUGAAAAUGGCGCCAAGGACUUGUUGGGACUUAUGAUUCAAGCCAGCACCAAGGAGUUAAAUCCAUCAUCGCCGUCGUCGUUGUCGUCGAAGAUCACUGUUCACGACAUUGCCGAGGAGUGCAAGAGCUUCUUCUUCGCCGGUGAGCAAACGACGUCGAAUUUGCUGACGUGGACGACAGUUUUGCUAGCUAUGCACCCACAGUGGCAGGUUCGAGCACGUGACGAGGUGCGUAAGGUGUGCGGACCACGUGACGUACCUACCAAAGAUGGCAUUGUCAAGCUUAAGAUGCUGAACAUGAUUAUCAAUGAAUCCUUACGACUCUAUCCACCAAUCGUGGCGACAAUCCGACGGGCAAAAGCGGAUGUGGAGCUCGGGGGAUGCAAGGUCCCACGUGGGACCGAGCUUUUGAUACCAAUCCUGGCCGUUCAUCACGACCAAGCAAUAUGGGGCAACGACGCUGAUGAAUUCAACCCUGAUCGAUUCUCAGAAGGGGUGGCCCGCGCAGCAAAACAUCCUGUGGCGUUCAUUCCAUUUGGGCUUGGGGUCCGCACAUGCAUUGGCCAAAAUCUAGCAAUAUUACAGGCUAAACUAACUCUUGCGAUCCUACUGCAGAGAUUCUCUUUUAGCUUGAGCCCCACUUAUCAACACGCACCAACGGUCCUGAUGCUUCUAUACCCGCAAUAUGGUGCACCAAUUAUAUUCCGACAGUUGCCUGAUGAUGUCACAAGUACUCAAGAUCAAGGGCUCUAAGCUCUUAAGUUAUUGUCUUCUUGUAAUAUGCUUAGUUUUGAGUUGGGGGAAAAAAAAAAAAAAAAAUUUAAAUUACUAUAGGAAUUAGGAUAUAUUUUGAUUUUAUCAUUAUAUUUGUCGCUACUAUUAUGCUCAUCAUCUAGUCUAGCUUAUUACUAACCCCAAAAAUGGCCGUGCCUAUGUAUUUUGCUAAAUGUUUAGGCUAUUGGCUUGUAACGCUAGUUUUAGGAUUUAGUUAGAGUCUAGGAGAGAGACCUCUCCCUCUCUCAUGUGUAAUGCAAUGUAUAUGUGCACAAUUUCUAACACAAUUUUGUAAUACUUUCAAGAAUGUGAAGUGGUUGCUUAUUAGAU